AAACUCCGUCUCCGCAGACACAUCCGAUAAAAGUGUGGUGUUAGGGUUGGAAAGAACGAGAUACGAUGCACGGGGGGGCCCGAUAGGAUGCUGAUAAAUUGAGAUAUAGUUUGUCUUUCCCCGGCGCGACGCAUAUUGUCUGCCUGUUCUGCGAUGCUUCAAUUAGAGCUUCCCGGCCGGCGGGCGAUAUGCGUCUCGCACCUGCCGCCAGCAUUACACGGUCGUGUGACGUCAAAAAACAACUUUCUGUCCCCAUUCGGACGUGUAGUACGCCCCACUUUGAGCGCUUCAGCGCCGCCAAUAUGUGGGUCGAUCCCCCGCUCGCGACAAUGACAAUGGGCAUGGGCAUGGGCGGCAGCGGCUGGAACCAGCUGAAACUGAAACUCCAAACUGCGGGCCCCACAUGGUCCGCCCUAUCCCAUACAAUCCAAUAGUGGCCGUCGCCUGCCCCGCCGACCCCCGCCGCGCAGCCCAUACAAUAUCUGUGUGCCAGCAUCCUGGCAUCCUGCUGCGGGCCGCACUGCAGGCCUAGUAGCUGCCGCGCUGGCUCUGCUGUUGAUAGCCACGCCACGCCUUGCCACGCUGCGCCUCGCUGUCUCGCUGUUGUGAUGGCAUUCCGCUGAAUGAGGGAUGAGCCUAGUAAGAAGAAGAAGAAGAACAUGGCGGCGCGGUGGCAGCGCGUAGCGCGGACCCAUAACAAGCAGAAGCCCUUGCCGCGCGGCGCAACGGUAGAGUCAGGAAUCCUUAUUUUAGCUCCGAUUUCGAUGCGGUUUUUUGCCUCUCAUAGUAAAUUUUCACGCCGGACACGAUGGUGCUAUCCAUUUUAACCGUGGUUUGCGGGAAAUACCCGAUAUAGUGAGUUUUUAAAGAAAUUCGAGUUUUGAAAUCGCGAUAAAGGACCGGCAAGCCACGAAGACUUGUUAGAUCGCUAGUUUUCUUUGACUUUUUCGAAAAGUUAUGAUUCAGCAAUCAUGUACUCUAACUCUGGGUACAUGUUUUCUCAAGUGGGUAGGCCAAGGGGUCUUUUCAACCUUGGGCAGUCUUGUUUCAUGAAUGCCAUAGUUCAGUCCCUCAUGGCAACAAAAUUUAAAGAGUUUUGCCUCAGUAAUGCUGGUUUUGUCAACAAUCAGUGGAUAUUAUUUGGAAAUUUAGUGGAAGUAAUAUCAGCUCUUAAUGAUGAAGGAGAUCCAUUCAACAUGGUGAACUUUGUGGAUUCUGUGGAGAGCAUAAGCCAAUUCAGAAGGAAGGUUCAAGCGGAUGCGCAGGAAUUUCUGUCCUUCGUUCUUGAAACAAUUCACGAUGAGUUAACAAUAGUGGUUGAGCACCAGGUCAGUGAUCCCCUGCAAGAUAUUGAAACACAUGGUUUGGGUGAGGUAGUGAAGAGUCACUGGGAGACAAGAAAGUCUACCUCACCCAUAGCAGAGUUUUUCCAUGUCCAAACUGUCACACUUAUGGAGUGCCCCUCAUGCAAAAAUUCAAGUGGACAGUUCAAUGAUGUGAAUCACCUCCUGUCAGUUCCUAUGCCAUCACCAUUAGAGGGACCAAAGUCAGUGGCACCCAGCAAUCCUACAAUCACAGACUGCAUAGCAGAGUAUUGCAAACAACAAACUCUUCUUGAUGGGCAUUGCAGUUCUUGUGAAAGCCUUGGGUUGCAACACCGACUUCUGCUGGGUAGACUGCCUCCCGUCCUCAUAGUACAUUUAAAAAGGUUUUAUCGACACUUUGACGGAACUAUGAGAAAGUCUCAAACUAGUGUUAGUAUCUGCCCUGAACUGGAUCUUGCCCCCUUCACACUAUAUGAUGGUCAGAGCACCUUGUAUCGUGCUGUAGGAGUGACUAACCACCGUGGACAAGUGCUUCAUCUUGGCCAUUAUAUGACUAUAAGCCAGAGAGGAGACCGGUAAUGACUGUUUUUCCUCAUUUUCAAUUUUUAAAUUUUUGUGCCAUUACUGAGUCAUUGGGUGGUCACAGGUUUUGCUUCCCUUCAGCAAUUAGUGUCCUCCUUUCUGUUAGUACUUUGUUUUAACUAUUUAA